AUGGGUAUAUGUGGUAGUAAAGUUCGAUCUAAACAUGCCAAGUUGUCUGAAAUUAGAAAAUUUUCAAAAUUAAACAUUCAUUAAUUCUAUCGUUUCUCAUAAAUAUUGGGAAGCGGUAGUUUUGGAACAGUUAAACUAGCGUUUAGUAUGGAAUAAGAAAAGAACGGUUUAGAGACAAAAAGUUAUGCAGUAAAAUCAAUAGAUAAGGUAUUAAAAUAAAAUGAAUUUAGCAUCGUAUAGGGAAUAGAUUGCAUUUAAUCUAAAGAGAAUUAGAAAUAUUAAUUUAAUUAGAUCAUCCAAAUAUAAUAAGAGUAUAUGAGACAUUUGAAGAUUUAAGAUAUUAUCAUUUUGUAAUGGAGUAUUGUAGAGGAGGAGAAUUAUUUGAGAGAAUAGUAAAGAAAGGUGUAUUUUCAGAGAGAAGAUGUUGUAUAAUAAUGAAAUAGUUAUUUUCAGCAGUUCAUUAUAUGCAUUAAUAGGGAGUAACUCAUAGAGAUUUGAAACCUGAAAAUUUAAUGCUUGUUUCACCAGAUGAUGAUUUUGAUAUAAGAAUAAUAGAUUUUGGAUUAAGUAAGAAAUAUCCUCCACCAUAAUCAACAAAUUAAGGUAGAUCUUAAGUUAGAUAAUAAACUAAAGUUGGAACUCCUAUUUAUGUUGCACCUGAAGUUUUAUUAGGUAAAUAUUCAUAAACAUGUGAUGAAUGGUCUUUAGGAUGUAUAAUGUAUGUUUUAUUGUGUGGAGAACCUCCUUUUUUUAGUAAUAACAUUAAAAUAUUGGAAGAUAAAAUUUAAAAUAAAGAAGUUUAAUUUAAUGAAAAAGUUUGGGGAUAAAUAUCUAAUGAUGCUAAAUAACUCUUAAUUAAGUUACUUGAUAAAAAUCCAAAAAAACGUAUCACUUGUGCUUAAGCAUUAUAAUCUUAAUGGAUUUAUUAUAAUACAACUUAGAUAUCUCUUAGGAUGGAAUCUAUUCCUAAUAAUAAUGAACAUGAAAAUGAAAAAACUAUUCGUCUUUUAAAAACUUAUGCAAAUAUAUCAAAAUUAAAAAAAGGAACACUUAAUAUUUUAUUAAAUUAAUUAAAUGAAUCAUAAAUUUAAUCUUUAAGAUUAAAAUUUGAAGAAUUUGAUAGAGAUAAUAAUGGAACUAUUUCUGUUAAAGAAAUGACAAAAAUUAUCAAACAAUUAGGAUUAACUGAUACUGAAAAAGAAAUAUAGGAAUUAAUUUAAAAAUUUCAUAUAUUAAAAAAAUCUAAUUCUUCAAUUGAUGAUCUUUCUAUUCAUUAUUCGGAAUUUAUGAUGGCUUUAUUAAAUUAAUAAUAAUAUUUAAAUGAAGAAAGAAUAUGGGGACUUUUUAAAUAAUUUGAUAUUGAAAAUAAAAACUAUAUAACAACUACUGAUGUAAAAAGAGCAUUUGAAAGAAGAGGUAAAUCAUUAUCUACUAUUAAAAUUGAUAUGAUGUUUAAAGAAAUUAGUUUGAAUAGUUAAGAUUAAAUAGAUUUUCAAAGAUUUUAAGAUAUAAUGUUAGCAGAUUCUCUUAAAACUUAAGAUGAUGAUCUAGAUAUGAAUAAUAUUUAUAAGGCUCCUACUAAUAACUCAUAAAAUUUAAUACAUCUUAAUUAACCAAAAGGAGAUUUCAAUUUCGGUUUUUGA